AUGAUGAAGAGUACUGGACAAGAUAAUCAAGUGGAACUGUCAGAAAUUAUACAAUUAUCAACGUCAACGAGACUAUUUGCAAGUAACACAACAGACGACGAGACUAACAAAGAGAUAUCACCAUCAUUAAAAACAAUGAUGACAUUUUUAAAUUCGGAUGCUGCUAGUCGUGUCACAUCAAAUGAAAUAAUAAAAAUUCUACAAUCAGAUGUUAAAUAUGGUUUAACCGAACAAGAAGUUGCUAAUAGACGAAAAUUAUAUGGUUAUAAUGAUUUUGAAGUAGAAAAUGAAGAACCAUUAUGGAAAAAAUAUUUAGAUCAAUUUAAAGAACCCAUGAUAUUGUUAUUAUUAGCAUCUGCUUUGAUUAGUAUUAUUUUGAGACAGUAUGAUGAUGCCAUUUCAAUAACAGUUGCAAUUACUAUCGUUGUGACAGUUGCAUUUAUUCAAGAAUAUCGUUCAGAAAAAGAAAUUGAAGCACUCAAAAAACUGGUACCACCGAAAUGUAUUUGUAUUCGAGAAGGAAAAACAUAUCAGAUUUACGGAAGAGAAUUAGUGCCGGGUGAUAUUUGUAUAUUAGAUAUUGGUGAUCGUGUUCCAGCUGAUUUACGUCUCACUGAAUCUGUUGAUUUUGCUGUGGAUGAAUCAAGUUUUACUGGAGAAACAAAACCGUCCAUGAAAUUCAUUGAUCCAAUUACACCUGGUAAUCGUUUGACAGGAAUUAGUGAUAGAAAGAAUAUAGCCUUUAUGGGCACACACGUACAAAGUGGACAUGCGAAAGGCAUAGUCAUUUGUACAGGUGAAAAUUCAGAAUUUGGAGAAGUAUUUAAAAUGAUGCAACAACAAGAGCCACCUAAAACACCGUUACAGAAAAGUAUGGAUGCACUCGGUAAACAGCUAUCAUUUUAUUCAUUGAGUAUUAUUGGAUUUAUUGUUAUCGUUGGAUGGUUGCAAGGAAGACAUUUACUUGAAAUGUUUACAAUUGGUGUUAGUCUUGCGGUUGCUGCAAUUCCUGAAGGACUUCCAAUUGUUGUCACAGUUACAUUGGCAUUAGGUGUUCAAAGAAUGGCCAAACGAGAGGCAAUAGUUAAAAAAUUACCGAUUGUUGAGACUUUAGGAUGUGUGACAAUAAUCUGUUCAGAUAAAACUGGUACAUUAACAAAAAAUGAGAUGACAGUGACACAUAUAAUGACAUCCGAUGGACAAAUUGCUGAAGUCAGUGGUACUGGUUAUAACGGUGAAGGAGAUGUAGUGUGCGAGAACGAACGUGUCCGCUAUGAAUCACAUCCAUCAAUAUCAAAAGUGGUGGAGGUCGGUGCUGUAUGCAAUAAUUCAGAAAUAAUUAAUUCACAAUUACGUGGACAACCAAGUGAAGGUGCUUUAUUGGCAGUUGCCAUGAAGAUGAAUCAUGCUCAUCUCAGAGAACGUUUUAGUCGUGAACAUGAAUUACCAUUUUCAUCUGACCAAAAAUGGAUGGCAGUUAAAUGUAUAUCGAAGUUUAAUCCAACAGAUGUGCGAUACUUUCUCAAAGGUGCUAUUGAAAAUGUAUUAAAUCAAUGUAAACGUUAUUCAUUUCACGGUACACCUACCUCAUUGACCGAUGAUAAAAUUAAAGAAUUUCUUAUCGAUUCAAAUCAGUUUUGUGCAAAGGGUCUAAGAGUCCUUGCAAUGGCAUCUGGUACAUCGUUCGAAGAUAUGGUCUACGUUGGUAUGGUGGGAAUAAUUGAUCCAGAGCGGCCAUUAGUUCAAAAAGCUGUUGCCCAAUUACAGCAUGGCGGUGUGGCUGUUAAAAUGAUUACGGGUGAUGCUGAGAAGACAGCAAAAGCAAUUGCCACUCGGUUACACAUUUAUCGUACAGGCGAUUUAUCAAUAUCGGGUGAAGAUUUAGAUCGUAUGAAUGUACAAGAUUUAGAGAAUGCCGUAUCAAAAGCAAGCGUAUUCUAUCGAGUCAGUCCGAAACAUAAAUUGAAAAUUGUCAAAUUAUUACAAAGCCAAGGACAUAUCGUAGGAAUGACUGGUGAUGGAGUGAACGAUGCUGUGGCAUUAAAAGCAGCUGAUAUUGGCAUAGCCAUGGGACAAACGGGAACUGAUGUUUGUAAAGAAGCUGCCGAUAUGAUACUUGUCAAAGAUGAUUUUUAUACAAUUAUGGCGGCAAUUGAAGAAGGAAAAGCAAUAUUUCAUAAUAUUCGUAAUUUUGUCCGAUUUCAACUGAGCACGAGCAUUGCAGCAUUGAGUUUAAUUACACUUUCAACAGUAUUUCAUUUCCCAAAUCCACUGAAUGCGAUGCAGAUAUUAUGGAUUAAUAUUAUUAUGGAUGGACCACCUGCACAAAGUCUUGGAGUCGAACCUGUUGAUCAUGAUGUAUUGAAAAAACCUCCGAGAAGAGUAACAGAUUCCAUGAUUGAUCGACGUUUAAUUUUGAAUAUGGUAACAAGUGCAUCUGUUAUCGUUAUUGGAACACUAUGCGUAUUCUAUGCUGAGAUGAGAGAUGGUAAAGUGACACCACGGGAUACAACAAUGACAUUUACUUGUUUUGUUUUCUUCGACAUGUUCAAUGCAUUGAGUUGCCGUUCUCAAACAAAGUUGAUUUUCGAAAUUGGCAUAUUUUCUAAUAGAUUUUUUGUUGUUGCUGUUCUUUUAUCCAUUAUUGGACAACUCUGUGUUAUUUAUUUACCACCAUUACAAUACGUAUUUCAGACGGAAGCUCUCAGUGCCAAGGGUAUAUUUGACUUUGUAUUUAUUAUACCUUACUUGUCUUACAUCAUCUGUUUUCCUUGUCAACGAAAUACGGAAAUUCGCAGAGAGGAUUAUACAUCGACGCCAUAG